AAAUAGCAAAAUGUUGUGAAGAUUGGGAUAUAAGUAAUUGAUGCUCCGAUUCACUCUUCAUGCGAUAAAAACUAAAUUUAUUGUGUGAAGAGAGAGGCUGGAGACUCUGUGAUUAUAUGAACAUUUUAUAACUUUUUUUUUCAUUCAAAAAUUGUGGAAAUGGUGAGGAGAAAGGCAGAGGCGAGGAAGUCGGGGACGAAGUCGAAAUCUCCGAAUAAGGGGAAAUCCAAGACGAAAACGCUGGUGAAUCGCAAACGCAAAGUGAAGCCGGGUGUCAGAGCGCUGCAGGAGAUAAGACAACUCAGGAGAUCGACAAAGUUACUCAUACCAAAACUACCGUUUUCGAGGCUCGUUAGAGAGAUCAUUCGUGAUCUCUUCCCGAGGAAGAACAUUGACAGAAUGCAGGCAACAGCACUGGAAGCACUUCAAGAAGCAACUGAAACCUACCUCGUACAAUUCUUCGAGGACUCAAUACUUCUCGCAUUCCACUGUAAACGAGUAACCCUGAUGCAACGUGAUAUGGUGCUAAUGAGAAGACUCCGAGGGCGUGAUGACGUUAUCAACAGAUAGUCGAAAAUACUUCGUACAAUCAUUGCCAUAAAUGUUUUUAUUGAGCCAUAACUACUCUAAGACGAACGAAGCAGUGGAGUGAUAAAACCGAAACGAAAUCAAUUGUUUCAUCUCGAGAGCAAAUGAUUCUGUUUAGAAAAGUUGAGGAAAAAUUUCUCAUCUUUUGAAUUUUGAACAGUUCCUCUCCAUUUUCUUACGAAAAAAUCAGUUACUUCAUCAGAAAUUAAUUGACAAGACUAAAAAAUGUUAAAGUCGAUUAUCACGUGAUUCUGUUUGAAAAAAUUGAGGAAAAAAUUCUGAUCUUUUGAAUUUUUGAAAAUUUCCUCUUUAUUUUCUUACGAAACAAUUGUUUCAGAGAUGAAUUAACAAGACUAAAAACUGUUGAAGUCGAUUAUCAGCGAUUCUGUUUGAAAAAAUUGAGGAAAAAAUUCUGAUCUUUUGAAUUUUUGAAAAUUUCCUCUUUAUUUUCUUACGAAACAGUUGUUUCAGAGAUGAAUUAACAAGACUAAAAAAUGUUGAAGUCGAUUAUCACGCGAUUUUGUUUGAAAAAGUUAAGGAAAAAAUUCUGAUCUUUUGAAUUUUUGAAAAUUUCCUCUUUAUUUUCUUACGAAUCAAUCAGUUGCUUCAGAGAUGAAUUAACAAGACUAAAAAAUGUUGAAGUCGAUUAUCACGCGAUUCUGUUUGAAAAAGUUGAGGAAAAAAUUCUGAUCUUUUGAAUUUUUGAAAAUUUCCUCUUUAUUUUCUUACGAAACAAUCAGUUGCUUCAGAGAUGAAUUAACAAGACUAAAAAAUAUUGAAGUCGAUUAUCACUUGACUACUGAAUCAAUCGAAUUAAGUUAUCGAAAAGAGCAUAAUAAGCUGUUGAUGAUUUCUACAUGAGUUUGAAUCAAAUUCAUCAUUGAAACACCAGUAAGUGUACAGAGAGCAGUGAAUACUUUGGUGUAUUCUUUGAUUAUGACGGUAUAAAGAAAAUUGUAUGUAGAUUGAAAAUUAUUCUAGGGACUUGGUGUAUUUUUUAAAAUGAAUAUGUAAUUUUUUAUGUGAAACUGGAGGUGAUAGUUAUGAAUGUGGCAUGUAAUACGAACGACGCAGUGUGGAUUCAACGAAGUUGCCGCCUUUUGGAAAAUAAUAAAUGGAAUAUGAAAAUUAA